AUGUAUGUGAAGCAGAUCAUCAUCCAGGGCUUUAAAAGCUACAAGGAUCAGACGGUGAUCGAGCCCUUUUCUCCCAAGCAUAAUGUCAUCGUUGGCCGCAACGGCUCCGGCAAAAGUAAUUUCUUUGCGGCCAUUCGCUUCGUCCUCAGCGAUGCCUACACCCACCUCGGCCGGGAAGAGCGACAAGCGCUUCUGCACGAAGGUUCUGGUUCGGCCGUGAUGUCGGCCUACGUGGAGAUUAUUUUCGAUAACUCGGACGAUCGAUUCCCUACCGGCAAGCCAGAGCUCGUCCUCCGUCGUACUAUCGGUAUCAAGAAGGAUGAAUACACACUCGAUCGCAAGAACGCUACCAAGAACGAUGUCAUGAACCUCCUCGAAUCAGCUGGUUUCUCUCGGUCCAACCCAUACUACAUUGUCCCCCAAGGACGAGUCACCGCGUUGACAAAUAUGAAAGACUCGGAACGUCUGGUGCUGCUCAAAGAGGUGGCAGGUACCCAGGUCUAUGAAGCUCGUCGCGCCGAGUCUCUCAAGAUCAUGCACGAGACCAACAGCAAGCGGGCCAAAAUUGAUGAGCUUCUAGACUACAUAAAUGAGCGUCUGGCGGAGCUUGAGGAGGAAAAAGAUGAGCUCCGAAACUAUCAAGAUAAGGACAAAGAACGCCGUUGUCUGGAGUAUACUAUAUAUUCCCGCGAACAACAUGAGAUUGCGGCUGUGCUUGAAAGCUUAGAGGAACAUCGACAGAACGGAGCUGAAGACGCCGACAAUAACCGUGACCAAUUUAUUGAAGGUGAAAAGGCUAUGGCGCAAAUCGAUGCUGAGAUUGCCGAGUGUCGCCAGCAGAUGGAGUUCUUGAAGGUUGACAAGUCUCAGCUAGAGGAUGAACGCCGCCAAUCCUCCAAGGCACUGGCGCAGAUUGAACUGCAGGCCAAGUCUCUAGUCGAUAAUCAGGCUACCGCACAAGCUCUUAAGUCACGUCAUGAUAACGAUCUCAAUACCGUCCAAACGGCCAUUCAAGAGCGCGAGGCGGAACUGCAAACACUAUUGCCCGAGUUCAAUGCUGCCAAGGACCAGGAGGAUGCCAUCAAAGCUCAGCUGACUGAGGCGGAGACGUCGCGUCAACGACUAUACGCAAAGCAGGGCCGGAAUUCCCGAUUCAAGAACAAGUCAGAGCGAGACAAGUGGCUACAAAUGGAGGUCCGAGAGAACAACCGAUCAAUCACCACUGUUGAAGGCGUUGUGGCACAGACGCAAGAAGAUAUCAACGACAUUGAAAAGGAGAUCGCUUUACUCGAGCCGGAAACCGAGCGUCUACGCCAGCAGAUUGAUGGACGUGGAGAUACCAUGCACUCCGUGGACGAGCAGGUUCAAGCCGCUAAGGAUGAGAGGGAUCGAUUGAUGGACCAGCGAAAGGAGCUUUGGAGAGAAGAAGCAAAACUAGAUUCCGUCCUGUCCAGUGCCUCCCAAGAAAUGGAUCGUGCUGAGCGCAGUCUUUCUCACAUGAUGGAUCAGAAUACUAGCCGUGGUCUUGCUGCUGUGCGGAGGAUCAAGCGCCAACAAAACCUUGAUGGUGUGUACGGUACUUUGGCUGAGCUCUUUGAAGUGAACGAUCGAUACAGGACGGCGGUGGAAGUCACUGCUGGUCAGAGCCUAUUUCACUACGUCGUCGAUACCGAUGAGACCGCGACUAAGGUCUUGGAAGCCCUGCAGAAAGAAAAGGCUGGCCGUGUAACAUUCAUGCCGCUGAAUCGACUACGUUCGAGGCCCAUUAACCUGCCCCGUGCUAGUGAUACUAUUCCCAUGAUCGAAAAGAUGCAGUUCGACCCCGCAUAUGAACGGGCUUUCCAGCACGUGUUCGGCAAGACCAUCAUUUGCCCUAAUCUUCAGGUUGCCUCGCAAUAUGCCCGCAGCCACGGCGUCAAUGCCAUCACCCCCGAGGGUGACCGAUCUGACAAGCGUGGUGCCCUGACUGGUGGUUUCCAUGACUCCCGCCAGUCGCGACUUGAUGCGGUGAAGAACGUUGCCAAGUGGCGCGAUGAAUACGAGACCAAGCGAACCCGUGGGACGGAUAUCCGCAAGGAGUUGGAGAAGCUGGAUCAGCUGAUCACCAAGGCAGUUGGUGAGCUACAAAAACUUGAGCAACAGCGACACCAAGUGCAGAACAGCAGUGGUCCCUUGCGACAAGAGCUUCGAAGCAAGCGUGAUCUCUUGCAGAACAAGAACGACACGCUGGAGACCAAGCGUCGCGCGCUUCGUAAUGUCACAGCCAAUCUCGCAGCUUUGAAUGAUCAAGUUAGCGCUUUCCAAGCUGAACUGUCUUCGCCCUUCCAAAAGUCCCUCACCGACGAGGAGGAAGCCCACUUGGAGAGCCUAAGUGGAACAGCCCAGGACCUGCGUCGGCAGUACCAAGAGAUCUCCAGUAAACGCAGUGAGCUCGAAGCCCGCAAGUCUGUCUUGGAAGUUGAGCUACGAGAGAACCUCAACCCUCGUCUGGAUCAGCUUGUGAACCGAGAUAUCGAUAUGGCCGAUGACGAGGUGCAGGGUAGUCUCAAGGAGACCCAGCGCGAGCAGAAGCGCCUCAGCAAAGCACUCGAUAAGCUCACGGAGCGUCUUCAGCAGGUUGAUGUCUCCAUUGAAGAGGCGAAUACUCAAAUCGGCGAACUGCAGCAGCGCAAUGCCGAGACCCGACGUGAGAUGGAAGACCUGGCCCGUUCCAUUGAGAAAUACCAGCGGCGCAUGGAGAAGAGCAUGCAGAAGAAGGCGGCCCUUACCAAGCAAGCUGCUGAAUCCGCUGCGAACAUUCGCGAUCUAGGUGUCCUUCCCGAUGAAGCCUUCACUAAGUAUAAAAAUACCGACUCGAAUGCGGUUGUGAAGAAGCUGCACAAGACCAACGAGGCCCUGAAGAAGUACUCCCACGUAAACAAGAAAGCGUUUGAACAAUACAACAGCUUCACCAAGCAGCGUGAAACGCUUACCACUCGCCGGGAAGAGCUAGAUGCAUCCCAGAAAUCGAUCGAUGAUUUGAUCUCCGUUCUGGAUCAGCGCAAGGACGAGGCGAUUGAGCGAACCUUCAAGCAAGUGUCCCGCGAGUUUGCCAACGUUUUUGAGAAGCUGGUUCCUGCUGGUCGUGGCCGUCUUAUCAUCCAGCGCAAGACCGAUCGCAAUGCGCGACCCGGUGAGGACGUCGACUCGGACGACGAGACGGCGCGACAGAGCGUGGAGAACUACGUUGGUGUGGGCAUCAGUGUGAGCUUCAAUAGCAAGCACGAUGAUCAACAGCGUAUUCAGCAGCUGAGUGGCGGACAGAAGAGUUUGUGUGCCCUGGCCCUUGUCUUUGCCAUCCAGGCUUGUGACCCGGCACCAUUCUACCUGUUUGAUGAGAUUGACGCCAACCUGGACGCCCAGUACCGUACUGCGGUGGCACAGAUGCUAAAGUCAAUCUCGGACUCGACCAACGGACAAUUUAUCUGUACGACUUUCCGACCGGAGAUGCUCCAUGUGGCCGAGAAGUGCUAUGGUGUUAGUUUCCGACAAAAGGCCAGUACCAUUGACGUGGUGUCGCGGGAAGAGGCCUUGAAGUUUGUUGAGGAGCAGAAGUCUUGA